CCUCACGAAGAAGUUGGGCGUGCCAGCGAUUGAGGCAAGCAGUGUCACGUGAUCAACCCUCCUAGCAGAGACAGUGGCUGGUGCGGAAGAGUUGCAGUGGCAUCAUGGACUUUCUGCUGGGAAACGCGUUUGCAACCCCAGUGGGGCAGCGAAUCGAGAAAGCCACCGAUGGAUCUCUUCGUGCGGAAGACUGGGGUCUUAACAUGGAGGUCUGUGAUAUUAUCAAUGAGACAGAAGAGGGCCCAAAAGAUGCCGUCCGAGCGUUAAAGAAGAGGAUUGUGGGUAAUAAAAACUUUCGGGAAGUGAUGCUGACAUUAACGCUCAUGGAGACUUGUGUGAAGAACUGUGGUCAUCGAUUUCAUGUUCUAGUCGCUAGCCAAGAGUUUGUGGAAGGAGUUCUAGUGAAGACAAUUCUUCCUAAAAACAACCCUCCAGCUAUUGUCCAUGAUAAAGUUCUUACUCUAAUACAGGCCUGGGCAGAUGCCUUCCGUAGCUCUCCAGACCUAACUGGGGUGGUCAGCAUAUAUGAAGAUUUAAGGAGGAAAGGGCUGGAAUUUCCAAUGACUAAUUUGGACACUCUGUCUCCUAUACAUACACCACAAGCAAGUUUCUCUGCACCAGAAGCACCUUCUCGACAGGACUGUCCUUCCUCAGAGCUUCCUCAGAGAGGUGGGUCAGUCUGUUCUGCACCCCCUCCUUACGCUGUUCCAGAUAUAGCGCCUGGCAACUCCGCUAUUACCCCCACACCUGAUCAGUUGGUGAAGCUGCGCAACGAGCUGGAAGUGGUGAAUGGUAAUGUGAGGGUGAUGUCGGAAAUGUUGACAGAGCUGGUCCCUCAGAAAGCCAAACAGUCGGACGUGGAGCUGCUUCAGGAAUUGAAUCGGACCUGCCGAGCAAUGCAGCAGCGAGUUUUGGAGCUAAUCCCCCGUGUAACCCACGAACAGCUGACUGAAGAGCUUCUUAUUGUGAAUGAUAACCUCAAUAAUGUCUUCAUUCGUCAUGAAAGGUUUGAGAGGAUGAUCUCUGUUCAGCAAGGCCCAGUAGCAGAGGCGCAGGUUGCAGGAAACCGGGAUCUCCCCCCAUCUCUUAUUGACCUUCAGGAGACGCCCUCUAAUUCUGCCCCAACUCUUUCUGCACAGCUAGCAGGAAUCAACGUGACUUCCGGGUCUGUGAGUGGAACCCUGCAGUCCCUGGGUGAAACCAAGAAACCUGAUGAUGAUUUUGAUAUGUUUGCUCUGACCAGGGGAAGCUCUCUAGCCGACCAGCGCAAAAGUGUAAAGUAUGAGGAACCGCAGGCUAGAGAUGGUCUGGCAGAGGCUUUGGAUACCCGGCAGCAGAACACUGGAGCUAUUCCAGCUGCCCAAAACAACAUCAUGGAUGACAUUGAGAAGUGGCUGUCAGCAGAUGCGGGUGAAGAGAUAGAGGCGGAGGAUGGUGUGACCAGUGAAGAGUUUGAUAAGUUUCUUGAGGAACGAGCAAAGGCAGCAGAUCGCAUGCCAACACUGCCGUCACCAGGGACAGAGCCCCCCAGGACAGCUCCAAGCACGAAGAGAGACAAAAAGGGAGAGGAAGAAGCCCUUUUUGCCUUGUAAGUUCCCCCCAUGGUGGGUGGAUGUGUUGCUCCAAAUAGGAGUUGAUAAACAUCUCAAUGUGUGGCAGUGAUCUUCUCGCUGUUUCAUGCUGGAGUUUGCUAUAAAAAAAUUCCUCUGCUGAAGACGAACUUUACUGGGGUACGAAUGCUUUCUGCAAUCUCGAUGCUACUCCUUACACCAUCCCCGGAACUGUGGGAAUCUCCUUGUUCUUUACUCAAGUCUCUCUUUGGUGCUUGAACCAAUGUAUUUUGUCAGCAUCUUCCUGUUGGUCUUUUAUAUUCCUGUUCUUCAAAUUCUCCCGUGUUACAAUUCCAAAUGAUACACCAUGAGAACUCUUGUGCGGACUCUGGAGGCCUACCUUACCACUACAUCCCCACACUGAAUAUGCAACUGUCAACAUCAGUUGUGCCUCAUUCCCGUGUUGGCUACAUGAAAUGUUUAUCCAGACUAUUCAGUAUUACAAAACAAUUGCAGUGUGAUUAGCAUGCAUUCUAUUUCUAGCAUAAUAUCCAACCUGUGGCCUUUUAGUUGUAGUUGAGGAUGUUAGAGGAUGAUCAGGGCUUUAGCCCAGCAACAACUCUAGGGUUACAAGUUGGCAUUCUCCAGUUUUUUUUGGUAAUUAUGAAGGAUAACCAUAAAGAAUUGUGGGUUUUGGGGUUUGCUGUCCAAAGUGCCUUGCUGAUUAGGUUUCUUGCAAAUGCCGAAUGCAAACUGAUUGUAGGAAAUACGUUUUAUGCCUACAGUAUUUAAAACCGUCAUAUAGUCAGGUUUAACAGAUUAUUGAUUGAAAGCCUAUCAUUUAGAUGAAUGUUCCAUGUGGUAUGUUCUGCCCUAGUACAGAUCGUGCAAAAUGCUCAGACUCUAAACUAAAAAUGGCAGUGCUUCUUAUUAAAAAAUAUCAAAAUAAAAAGUGAUUACUUGUGCCAAAAAAUAAUGUAGAAGAAGUAAAACCACAGGUUGUGCUUGAGUGGGAAUCCUGGUUCUCUCCUAGUUCAAUUCCUUUAGGCAGAAUGUAGCAGUUCUCACUGGGCGGGUGGGAACUGUUGGUAAACAACAUGGCGGGAGUAGUUCCCUCUUGAAGAGGAGUUAAGCAAGCAUUGUUUUGGAAGCCUAACUAAUUAUGGUUCAGGGUUAUAGCAAGCGUCAUGAAUUUUUGGAGUUUUGCUGCACGUGUAAGUUUUAGCUCAGUAGAUUGACAGCAAAAUGUUCGAAUUUGCUUCUUUGCUGAUUUACAUUGCAUUCACUCUAUGCUGUGGGUUAGGCAAUUACCACCUGGGAAAUGGUCGCUGAUGAAUAUCUGAGUGAUAAUUGCCUGAUCCAUGAGUGCACCAGCAGGCUCAGAAUGUUUAGAGACAAAUCCCUUAGUGUCCC